AUGGCCUCCGCGCCUACAGCUUCCACCGCACCCCCAAACCUCGAUAGAGACUUCUACAACCCCCACCUCUCCGUCUCCCUCAACCCGCGCACCCACCUCUUCAUCUACAAUUUCGGAAGCCCCCCACGCCUACGCAAGCCGCUGCGCCCCCGCCGCAGCCUCGAGCCCGUCCCCAUGGUACCCAGGCGGCCGGGGCUGUUGGUGCAGAGGAUGACGGCGAUGCAGUUGAGGGAGACGUAUAACCCAUAUUUGAAGUACCGGGAGGAUACGUGGAUGGCGGAGAUGGAGUGGAGGAGGUAUAAGUUGUUGAGGAGUGAGGUGGAGGGGGAGGUGGAGGGGGAGGGGGAGGUGGGGAGAGCGGAGGUAGAGAGGUAUGUGCAGGUGUUGAGGGAGAGGGGGAGGAGGGAGGAGGAGCGGGAGGAUGGGAGGAGGGCGGUGGCGUUGUUGGGGAAGGUGCAGACUCGGGCUGGGAAGGGUGUGGGCGGUGGUGGGCAGGGGAGUAGAGGUGGGCUUGGCAAGGGUGGUAUUGUUGAUAAUGGCCGGGCUGAUUUUGCUGAAUGA